AUGACCCUUCUCAACUACCCUGUUCCAGAGUUGGAUGUUACCUUGCAAGAAGUGAGCCGUGUCCUGCAACUCACUUUAGGUCCUGACCUUUACCCGGAGUUCAAAAGUACGCUGGAACAGCACAGGGAUCUUCUUCAAGAGGCCCAGCAAAAACUGGCAGCUAUUGCUUCUGGCCAAGAGAACUGGGUGACGGAGCAGUUCAAAAGAGGUCUGCUGUCUUGCACUGAUCCACUGCCCACCUCCACUGCCCUCCCUGUUGUUCUUCUUCCUUCCAAAGCAAAUAAAUGUACCCAGCUGGGGAGGGCAGCCGCUCUGCUUUGGGCAGCAGCAAAGCUGUACAGUGAGCCAAUUUUACUGGAGGGCAAUGUGCAAAUGGAGCGCACACAGCAGUCUGAGGUAUUCGCUGCCAGCAGGAUUCCUGGAAGGAGUCAAGAUGAGAUUAAGAUCUACCCAGAUAGCCUCCACGCUAUCGUCACCUGUGUUGGAGGAGUAUUCCCUGUUGACAUACUGGGGCGUCCCAGCACUGGUGGGCCGGUUUCUGCUCGACCCUUCAUUGACAUCUACAACCAGCUGGUUCAGGUGAUGGACCAACCCAGUGCAGGAAAACAGAAUGAUCCCUCUGCCAUUUGCAGCCUUUCUGCUCUAGAGCGCAAAGUCUGGGCUGCCACCAGGGAAGAGAUCCUGGGCCAAGGAGGGGACGCAGCGGCAUCACUGGAGCUGAUGGAGAGCGCUGUGCUGACACUCUGUCUGGAGAACUGUAACGCACCCUCUGAACUGGCUGAUAUCCUAAAUGCAGUGAGGCUGGGAGGAGGAGGAGACUGUCCAUAUCUGAGAUACUAUGACAAGGUGGUGAACCUGGUUGUGUUCAAGGACAGCACAGCUGGGAUGGUGUUUGAGCACAGUGCUGUGGAUGGGAUGGUGGCAGGGCUUGUAACUGAGCAUGUAGGGCAGAGAGGCCUCUGUGAUGCUUGGAUCAACUUCUCUCUGCAGCUUUCCCUGAGGAAGACUCUUGGGGAAUCUGCUGCCAAGCAUAUACUUGUCACUCCUACCCAUAUGCGUCACUACAACCAUGGCCGUUGUGAUCCUACAUACUCCGUCACUAUGCAUUCUCACAAGUUAGUAGGUGCCUUGGCAUCUUGUAUUGGCUCCGAUACCACAAUCCAAUACACGCCUGAACUCCUACGGCUGUUCCAUGUUGCAUUUUUGGAGCAUAAGAGCCUCAUCAGAAACACCAAAAGUGGUAAAGGAGUUGGUCCCCACCUAGCUGCCUUGCGUCGAUCUUUGCCAUCUGACAACCCACUGAAGAAGUACCUUGACCCCUUUGGAUGUCCAUCUGUGUACCUCACAGGUACAGAUCUGAUGGAGGGUGUGGAGUGUGGAGUAGGGAAUGUUUAUGCCCAAGAUCAGCUGGCUGUAACGUACCUUGGGAAGAAAGACAAGGUUCGCAUUGUACUUAAUGGGAAAGGGAGCUUUGCUUUAGCAUUGGAGAAGCUUCAAGAAAGCCUGAAGAUAAACCUGAAGUUAGUGAUGCUUCUAGCUGUUAGAUACGCCAUUGCAUACCAAAUGGGAGCCCUGGAGUAUCCACUGAAACAGAGUAUAAAUGAGAAUAUGAAUGGAGAGACAAACCAUUUCCCAGAGAGCCAGGACAAGGGCAAAACCUGUGUUGACUACACCUCUGGCAUGAGCACAGACUACACUCUGGUGAUCCAUGGUGGUGCUGGAGAGGAGAUGAUGCUGCAACCCGACGUGAUUGGGGUUAUUGAGUUUGCUCUACAGACAGCCUUAACCCUUGGAUCUCAAGUGCUUCAAAAAGGUGGAAAGAGUCUGGACGCAGUUCAGAAGUCAGUAGAAGCGCUGGAGGACUGCUUCUUGUUCAAUGCAGGUAAAGGCUCAGUAUUCAACAAAGAUGGCAAAAUUGAAAUGGAAGCAACCAUUGUGGAUGGCAACUCAAUGAGGUCAGGAUCUGUUGCUUGUGUGCAAAGUGUGAAGAACCCCAUUAAAGCAGCCAGAUGCGUCAUGGAGAAAAGCUGUCAUUCACUCAUUGUGGGAGAUGGGGCUGAGGAGUUUCUGCAAGGGUUGGAGGAGAAAGAGAAGCCUGUUGGGGCUGAUUAUUUCUACACCGAUAUGCGUCACAGACAGUUAACUGCAAAGCUCGCUGAUGGAAAUGCCUCAAAAAACAAUCACCCUCAGACAGUUGGAGCUGUGGCCUUGGAUCGCUGGAGUGGAUUGGCUGCUGCAUCUUCCACAGGUGGGUUGGUGGGAAAGCUGAAAGGGCGAGUUGGGGAUACAGCAGUAGUAGGGGCAGGAAUAUAUGCUGAUGACAAGUUAGCAAUUACCUGCUCUGGAGAUGGAGAUGUAUUUCUGAGGCAAACAGUUGCACAGAAAAUAGCCAGUCUGUACCAGCACACUAGCUAUAGCCUUAGGCAGGCAUGUAGAGAAGUGAUGGCUGAAAAUCUGGAUGGGGUCUGUGCAGGAGUCAUUGCUGUGGACACUAAAGGUGAUGCCAUAAUUGAAACAAAUGCUGGAGUGAUGUUUGUGGCCUCAAUGAUUCAUGGCAUUUCUCGUGUAGAGGUCCUCAGGCCCCUCAAGAGCUUCUCUCAUGUGAUCUGGGAAACAAUUGAACUGGUUGCCUACCUGGAUCCCAAUCCCUGGAUCCCUGGGUCAACCAUUCUGACAAGAAAAACUCUUAGUGGGGCAAGAAGCAUCUUCCAGUUGGCUACACCUGAUUUUGUGGCUAUGCUACAAGGAGCAAGAGCUGUGUCAAGCUUGCUAUGUGAGCAAUUGGGAGUGCAGCGCUGUGCCUUGGUUUUCAAUCCAACCCCUGAUCAGCAAGCACAUAUCAGACUGCUUCCUCUUCAUGGCCUAGAGCCAAACUGGCAGCCCCAUCUUGCAAAUGAAGAGGAAUUCCAAACUCACGAUCCUGGCUACUGCACCUCAAAAAGUGGCCCACGCUGGGAUGAUGAGGCCCUCACCCAGGUUCAAGCCAAGAUUAGAAACGGACUGCCAACACCAAAUGCACCUUCUUGCUUUGACUUCUCCGGAGACCCUUCCAAUGAUAACCUGUUCAGUCGUAUUGUACGUGGAGAGCAGCAACAGUGGAGAGUCUGGGAAGACAGUGAGCAUGUUGCCUUCCUGACACCGUACCCAAACACUCCUGGACUAACCGUUGUGGUGCCACGCAAACAUCUGUCCAGUGACAUCUUUAAACUGGGGGAAGCUGACUACAAAGCACUGAUCUUAGCCACUUAUAAAAUUGCCAGACUACUGGAAAAAGGGAUGAGAGCUCGAGGAGUUGCACUGAUAUUUGAGGGCCUGGAAAUCGAUUAUGCCCAUGCCAAACUCAUCCCUCUGUUGCCCUCACAAGAUGGCACUAAGCCUGCUGAUCUGCAACCAGAGUUCUUCCAAAGCUACCCUGGAUAUGUGUCAUCACUGGAUGGCCCACCUGCUGACCCAGAGGCACUCAAAGGCAUCCACUCAAAAAUCACCCACUGCAGGCCUUCUCACUCAUGGCAAGACCCUCAGUCUCACUCAACACUUGCCAUCAAGAGCCAGUGGUAUCGCAACCUGUUCCAGAUUCAAAACACUCUUUUCCACAGCACAGUGGAAUAUUUCCACUCUUUCUGCCAGUACUCCUACGCUCUAACCCCUCUCACCACAGACACCAUCUCCUCACCAAUGGGCUUGGGAUCAGACUCAGAACCAGUUUCUGUUAACCUGCUGGGCCAGGACAUCUACCUGGCUGACUCAAUGCAAUUUGUACUUGAAUACUUCCUUCGCUUCCAGGACAACCUGCCGGGGACAUACUACAUAUCUCCCAGCUUUAGAGGGGAAGAUCCUGAUGCAACUCACUUGAACCAGUUCUACCAUGUGGAGUGUGAACUGUUGGGUGACAUGGACAAAGCCAUUUCUACAGCAGAAGGAUACUUGGCUCAUCUCACCAAGUCCAUGCUGAAGGGACAUUCUGAUAUGAUCCUCAACACUGCCGGGACCCUUACACAUGUCAAAGCCAUGCUGAGUAAGCUCGAUGGAAAAACUCCGCUCCCAAGAGUCCCUUUGGACCAGGCCAUUCCCAUGAUGCCCUCUGCUGACUGCUUAGAGUGGAUACAAGAUGGCCAGCCGCAGUUUGGCAGAAAGCUAACACGCAAAGGAGAGCGGGUCUUGAUUGAGAAAUAUGGUGGCGCUGUUUGGCUGACUGAGAUGGACCAUCUUGGCGUUCCCUUCUACCAGGCCUAUGUGGAGGGCACUGGGCGGUGCAAAGCUAAAGCCGCUGACCUUCUCCUCGGGCUGGGCGAGACGGUUGGUCUUGGGGAACGUCAUUCCACCCCUGAGAUGGUAAAGGAAGCCCUCAGGCACCAUGCAGUACCAGAGCAGUCCUACAAAUGGUACAUUAACAUGCGGCAAGUGAAACCACUCCGCACCAGUGGAUGGGGCAUGGGGACGGAGCGCUACUUGUGUUGGCUGCUUCAGCAUGAUGACAUCAGAGAUUUACAUAUCAUUCCUAGGAUGAAAGGAAUGAAGUACAUGCCUUAAUCAAAAGUACUCUACAGGUGAACAGGCCCUCGGAUGUGAUAUAAUUGUGAAAAUGGGGCCAACAAGACAUAUACAUUAUGAAAUUUAACCCUUAAAUGCCUCAACAAUGCCGAUUUUUUGACUUUCAUCCAACUUUGAGUGUCUUAUAAUCAUCACCAGUGAUAUAUCUUGAAUUGUCCAUGCCUCGAGAAAACUUCCGACAGUCUUUAAUCCUAUCCAAACCUUGAACCCUCAAAGUAAAAUGUUUCUAAAAAUGGAGAUAUCAAAGGAGUUGAAUUUAAGGUUACAGGAAGUAAAUAAGCAGUUGUUUCUCAAAAGUUAACAUUGGAGUUGGUUUCAUUUCA